AUGUGGAGGAGAGAGCAGGAUGUGGAGAGUGUGCUCAUGCUGAGGAUGGAGAAGAAAGUGUGUGUGAUCCAGACUGAUUUCCACCAGUACCGUCCUAUCAUCGCCAUCCACAGCAAGCCACUGGCGCAUGUUAAUCCACUGCAACCCGGUUCACAGGCAGGGAUGAGGGAGAGAGAGGAGCUGAAGAAAGCCAUCGAGCAGACGGACCGGCUACUGACCCGUGUUCAACAGCUGGAGGGGGAGAACUUAGAGCUGUGCAAGGAAAAAAAUGAUGUUUUCAUCAGGAUGCGUGCUGAGCAGGAGAGCCUCCAGCAGGCUGAGCAGCGCUGCAUGCAGCUUGCCCAGGCAAGGCGGGAGCUCGAAGCCCAGGUAGUAGGGCUGGAGGAGCGUCUGGAAGAGGAGGAGGAGGCCGCCGCUCAGCUGGCCUCCCAGCGUCAAAGGCUAGAAGUUGAGUGCUUUAGUCUGCGCCGAGAUCUGGAGGAGCUGGAGAACACAUUGACAUCAGUGGAGAAGGACAAGCAGUCAUCCGACUCUGCUGUGAGGAAGCUCUCCGAGGAACUCACCCAGAAAAAAGAACUGGUACAGAAGCUACAGAAGGAAAAGGAGCACCUGGUGGAGCUGAGCCAGCAAGCCAUUGAGGACCUGCAGUGCGAGGAAGAGAAGGUGAACCUCCUGACCAAAGAGAAAGCCAAGCUAAAGCUGCAGGCAGAGGAUCUGGAGUAUCUGCUGGAGCAGGAGAGGAAACAAAGGACGGAUUUGGAGAAGAGCAGGAGGAAGUUGGAGGGAGACAGUAAGAACACCAUGGACAACCUGACUGAGAUGGGCAAGAUGAGGGCCAGUCUGGAGGAGAUGAUCAAGAAGAAAGAUGUGGAGAUAAGCACCACCAGCAGUCGAUUGGAGGCUGAGGAAACUCUGAACGCAGGACUGCAGAGGAAGAAUAAGGAGUUCCAGGUCCGUAUUGAGGAACUGGAGGAAGAAUUGGAGGCCGAGAGAGGCUUACGGGCUAAGGUGGAGAAGCAGCGAGCUGAAAUGACCCGUGAACUGGAUGACCUGACUGACAGACUGGAGGAAGCAGGGGGAGCCACAGCCUCUCAGAUGGAGAUGAAUAAGAAGCGUGAGGCAGAGCUGCAGAGGCUCAGGAGAGAGCUGGAGGAGUCAUCAGUCCAAGCAGAAGCGGUGACAGCGGCGCUGAGGAAACGUCACAGUGAUGCACUGACGGAACUGGGAGAGCAGUGUGAGGGCCUGCAGAGAACUCGAGCAAAACUGGAGAAAGAGAAGCAGAGCCUCAGGCUAGAGGUGGAUGACCUGGCAGCUUCGCUCGACACCCUGCAGAAAGCCAAGGCAUCUACUGACACGCAGUUGAAGAAACUAGAGGACUUACUCUCUGAGGCCAACUUCAGGAAUGAAGACCUGCAGAAAAUUCUAAAUGAGGUCACUGUAGCAAAGAACAGACUCACAGCUGAAAAUAAUGAGCUCACGAGGCAGAUGGAAGAGUCGGACAGCAAGGGCAGUCACCUGAGCCGAUCAAAAACUCUACUGAUGGCCCAACAUGAGGAACUCAAGAAACAGUUUGAUGAAGAGGUCAAGGCUAAAGGGACCUUGAGUGGCAGUUUGACAGCAUUGCGACAGGAGUGUGAAAUGUUGAAGGAGCAACUGGAAGAGGAGCAGGAGAGUAAACAAGAACUGCAGCGUCUCGUCUCCAAACUCAACAGUGACGUCACACACUGGAGAAGCCGCCAUGAGGCUGAUGCCAUCCAACACAGUGAUGAACUGGAAGAAGCAAAGAAGAAGCUGACUGCUCGGCUGCAGGAGGCUGAGGAGGCAGUGGAGGCCACCCAGGCCAAAUGCUCCAGUCUAGAGAAAACCAAGCAGAGACUUCAGGGAGAGGUGGAGGAACUUUGUGUGGAUCUGGAGAAGGCGAAUAAUGUUGCAGCAGUGCUGGAUAAGAAGCAAAGGAUGCUAGACAAGCAGUUAAGUGAUUGGAGGCAGAAGUGCGAGGAGCUUGUUGCAGAAGUGGAGAGCUGUCAGAAAGAAAGCAGACUGCAUGCCACCGAGCUCUUCAAGCUCAAAACGACCUACGAGGAGGCGAUGGAGCAGGGCGAGGCUUUGCGCAGGGAGAACAAGGCCUUCCAGGAGGAGAUUGCUGAUCUUACAGACCAGCUUUCAGAUGGGGGGAAGAGUGUCCAUGAGUUACAGAAAAUGAAGAAGAAAAUUGAGAUGGAGAGAGAAGAACUGCAGGCAUCACUGGAAGAGUCUGAGGCUGCGUUAGAGGCUGAGGAGAUGAAGGUUUUGCGUCUUCAGCUAGAGCUGUCUCAGGCAAAAGCAGAUAUAGAGCGCAGACUACAGGAGAAAGAAGAGGAAUUUGAGGCUGCCAGAAAGAGCCACCAGAGGGCACUUGAGUCCCUGCAGGCCAGUCUGGAUGUGGAGGUGAAGGCUCGUACUGAAGCCGCCCGUCUGAAGAAGAAGAUGGAGAGUGAUCUGAACGAGCUGGAAGUGCAGGUGGACCAACUGAACAAGAGCAAUGGCGAGCUAAUGAAGUCUGUGAAGAAGAUGCAGCAACAAAUCAAGGACCUGCAGGUACAGCUGGAGGAGGAGGCGCAUGUGCAGGAGGAGCUGAGAGAGGAGCAAACACUUCUUGAGCGCCGCUGCACCCUGCUGGUUACUGAGGGGGAGGAGAGUCGUGCUUCACUGGAGGCAGCAGAGAGAAGUCACAAGGCCCUGGAGACAGAGCUGCAAGAGACCUCAGAGAAAUACAACGAGCUUGAUAACCAGUUACAGUCUGUAUCUAGUGGAAAAAGGAAACUAGAAGUAGAUCUCCAGCAGCUCACACAGGAGCACGAGGAACUGCAAAGUGAAUUGAGAGCAGCCAAUGACAAGGCCAAGAAAGCUGCCUGUGAGAUAGCACGUGUGGGAGAGGAGCUGCGAGUGGAGCAGGAGCACACCAUGCACCAAGAGCGAGUCAAGAAAGGACUGGAGGCUCAGAUAAAGGACAUGACAACCAGACUGGAUGAAGCUGAGCAGCUGGGCAUGAAAGGAGGCAAGAAGAUCAUUCAGAAGCUGGAGGGCAGGGUGAAAGAGCUUGAGCUGGACUUGGACACAGAGCAGAAAAGACACGCUGAGACGGUUAAGACCCUGCGGAAGAAUGAGCGGCGUCUGAAGGAGCUUCUCUUCCAGUCAGAGGAGGACCAGAAGAACCAGCAGAGGAUGCAGGAUCUAGUGGAGAGACUCCAGAUUAAGAUGAAAGCUUACAAGAGACAAGUGGAGGAAGCGGAGGAGCAGGCUAAUGUGAACCUGGCCAAGUACAGGAAGACUGUUCAUGAGCUGGAUGACGCAGAGGAGCGUGCUGACAUAGCAGAGUCUGCUCUAACCAAAAUCAGGACAAAGAACAGGGGCAGCUUUGGCAAAGGCUACUCUUCAGGAUACAGCACUCCCUACCCAGGGCUUAUAAGAUCACCCAGUUCUGUAGGGUCAGAGGGCAGAGGUGAGAAGAUCAUUACAGACGAUGAAGAGUCUGUCAGCUCUCUCAUUCCAACAUAUUUGAAUUCAAUCAAGAAACUGAUGAUAGAUUAGUAUCAUAAGAG